AUGGACGAGGUAGGAAGUUUGCAAGAAACAUCAAAUUGGGAAAAUAUACUACAAUCUUUGGGGAUUGAGAAACUCGCAAAUGAUAUUGAAACAGAGGAUGUCCAGGGAAAGGUCUUGGAGUCCCUUGAAGAGUGGGAGGAUUUUUAUUACACAUACUCUUUGUGGGUAGGUUUCAGUGUCCGCAAAGCAGAUGUACGGAAAAAAAAUGGGAACAUCACCAUGAGAAAAUGGGUAUGUUCAAAAGAAGGUUUCCGCAAACACAUGGAAAUUGACAAGGCCGGUGGGAGCAAACGAAAAACAUCUAUUACUAGGACUGGUUGCCAAGCUAGUUUUCGAGUCGUAAUGAUGGGCGAUGAGGGUCCGUGGAUUUGCAAGGAAUUCCAACCUCUGCACAACCAUGACAAGGCAUCAUUAGAUGAGUUGCGAUUUCUGAGAUCAAACCGUUCUGUGUCAGAAACCCUAGUUGCUCAAGUGAGGUCAAUGAACCAAGUUGGGAUAAGAACUUCACACAUCAUCUCCUACUUGGCAAUGCAGUCUGGUGGGUACGAAAGGAUGCCUUGCCAGCUACGAGACGUUUACAACAAGGUCGCCCAUGUCAAAAGAAAAGAGAAAAGAUGUACAGAUUCAGAUGGUGCUUUGGGAUAUUUGGAUUGUCUGUCAAAGAGGGAUCCAAAUUUCUUCAUUCAAUAUCAAUGUGACGUGGACAACAGAUUGGGGAACCUAUUCUGGGAAGACGGAUAUUCUCGACGGGAUUUCGUCGCAUUCAGUGAGGUUAUUGGAUUUGACACAACAUAUAUGACAAACAAAUAUAAUAAACCCCUGACAAUUAUUUUGGGCGUCAAUCAUCAUUUCAAGACCUGCAUAUUUGGAAUGGCACUGCUUAACUCCGAGGAUGAGCAAACUUACUUUUGGUUGCUUGACAAAUUUAUUGAAUGCCACAAUCAUGUAACACCAAAGGUUGUGGUGACAGAUGGAGAUGGAGCUAUCAAAAAUGCUGUCUUGAAGUACUUCCCAUAUGCAACUCAUCGGUUGUGUGCGUGGCACCUGUGUACCAACGCUUUAAAAAUUUCAAAAGACCCCCGAUUCUUACAAGGAUUUCAAGAUGUCAUGUACAACUAUUACACAAUAGAGGAAUUCAUGCAAAAAUGGGGGGAAUUAAUACACAAUUUUGACCUCCAUUCUAGCCAAUGGUGCACCAACACUUAUCACAGUCGUCGUUCAUGGGCAGAGACAUACCUAAGAGGGAAAUUUGUUGCUAGAAUGCGGACCAACCAAAGAUGUGAGUCCAUGAAUUCAAGUAUUAAAAAAUUCCUACAUGCAAGUUAUAGUCUCCGUGAAUUCGUUACCUCGAUUGACGUUGCUAUGACAAAGUUGAGGCACGUCGAGAGAGAAGAUGAUUACAAUAGUCGACACAGUAGUCCUCCAAUACCAGAUCCCAAAAAUGCUCUUAAGACGUACCAUGAGCAGUGUGCCAAAUUAUACACUAGAAAUAUGUACUAUAAAGUGGCUGAUCAAAUCAAAGCGGAACAUGCGUACUUUGUCAACAAUUGUGAAGACAACGUUGAAUCAUUCUUCUACAGUUUGUCAAAGUUUCAACACGAGAAUAGAGUGUACAACGUUCAUUACCACCCACAAGAGGAGACAUUCACCUGUCACUGCUUGCUUUUUGAGAUAGACGGCUAUCCGUGUAGACAUAUUUGGGCCGUAAUGAAAUACCGUCAUAUGAAGAUAAUACCACAACCUCUCCUGCUGAAACGGUGGAGUAAGAAUGCAAAAGCAGACCUCCCCCUCAAACUAAAGCAAAACUCCACAGAAAAGCAACAGUUAUUUGAAAUGGCUAGGCAGGCAUCCCUCGCUUUGGAUAUAAACUUGUUGAGCUAUUACGCUUCCAAGUCUGAGCAAUCUUACACCAAAGCGAAACAAGAAGUGGCAACACUAACUGCAAUGUUCAAGGAUGCAGUUCCAUUGGAAUCAAACACCGGUGACAACGACUCGGGACGAUAUCAAACCUAUCAAGAAAAUGAAAACAUUACCAGGGACCCAACACCUUGUAGAACUAAAGGAUCCGCCUAUGCAAGAAACAAUAGGGACAAUGUUACGAUAGAUAUGUCGGAUGGAGCCGUUAAAACUAAAAGGAAGUGUUCGAACUGUUAUUCUGCAGACCACAAUCGAAGAACAUGCCCUUAG